AUGGCGACCACAAGCUCUAUGUUCAUGUAUAGCUUGACUAUACAGCCGCCGUCAGCCAUAACUGCAGCCGUGUUGGGCCAAUUUGCCGGUACAAAAGAGCAACAGAUCAUCACAGCAUCUGGCUCGAAGCUCACCAUCCACAGACCCGACCCUUCUCAGGGUAAAAUCUCGCCGCUGUUUACCCAAGACUGUUUCGGCAUCAUCAGAAGUUUGGCUGCAUUCCGGUUAGCUGGCAGUAGCAAAGACUACCUGAUUGUAGGCUCCGAUUCAGGCCGCAUCACUAUCCUCGACUAUGUCAAGGAACACAAUCGCUUCAACCGCGUGCACCUCGAGACCUACGGAAAGUCUGGCAUUCGAAGAGUAAUCCCAGGACAGUACCUCGCAGUUGAUCCGAAGGGAAGAGCAUGUAUUAUUGCUUCUGUGGAGAAGAACAAAUUGGUCUAUGUCUUGAACAGAAAUGCUCAAGCCGAGCUGACUAUCUCCUCGCCUCUCGAAGCGCAUAAACCGCAAACGUUGGUCUUUGACUGCGUGGCCCUGGAUGUCGGAUAUGAGAACCCAAUUUUUGCGGCGCUCGAGGUCGACUAUACUGAGGUGGACCAAGACCCAACUGGCCAAGCUCUCGAAGAGGUGGAAAAGCUACUUGUUUAUUACGAGCUUGACCUUGGACUCAACCACGUCGUCCGCAAAUGGGCAGAGCCUGUCGCUCGAGAUGCUUCGAAGCUGUUUCAGGUACCUGGUGGAUCUGAUGGGCCAAGUGGUGUAUUGGUUUGUGCAGAGGACAACAUCACAUAUCGACACUCCAAUCAAGACGCCUUUCGCGUACCCAUACCUCGGAGGCGAGGUGUUCUGGAAAAUCCCGAACGAAAACGCCACAUUGUGGCAGGAGUCAUGCACAAGAUGAAAGGCCAGUUUUUCUUACUGCUGCAAACCGAAGACGGUGACCUGUUCAAGGUUACUAUCGAGAUGGCGGAGGAUGACAACGGGCAGCCCACUGGCGAAGUCAAAGCUCUGAAGAUCAAAUACUUUGACACUGUUCCUGUCGCAAACAGCCUGCACAUCCUGAAGAGUGGUUUCUUGUUUGUGGCGAGCGAAUGUGGCAACCAUCACUUCUACCAGUUCGAAAAGCUCGGAGAUGACGACGAUGAGACCGAGUUCUCGAGCGACAAUUUCCCAGCUGAUCCAACCGACUCUUAUACACCUGCGUAUUUUCAUGUCCGGCCACUAUCCAACCUCAAUCUUGUCCAGACCAUCGACGCGGCAAACCCGUUACUCGACUGUAAGGUCGCAAACCUCCUCGACGAAGAUGCACCGCAAAUAUACUCAAUAUGUGGCGCCGGAGCUCGAAGCAGUUUUAAAACUCUCAAGCACGGCUUGUCGGUAUCCGAGAUUGUGGAAUCUGAACUACCAGAUAAACCCGAAGCCGUCUGGACUACGAAACUGACACGCGAGGAUGAAUACGAUGCCUACAUCAUCCUGUCUUUCAAGACUGGUACUCUUGUGUUAAGCAUCGGAGAAACGGUUGAGGAAGUCACCGACACCGGUUUUCUUUCCACUGCUCCUACACUUGCCGUGCAACAGCUUGGUGAGGACGCUCUGAUCCAGGUGCACCCGAGAGGGAUUCGGCAUAUCCGGGCAGACAAACGAGUUAAUGAGUGGCCUGCACCACAACAUCGAUCGAUAGUCGCAGCUACAACGAAUGAGCGUCAGGUCGCCGUGGCCUUAAGUUCUGGAGAGAUUGUCUACUUCGAAAUGGACACCGACGGCUCUCUAGCGGAAUACGACGAGCGAAGAGAAAUGACCGGUACAGUCACCUGCUUAAGCUUGGGUGACGUCCCAGAAGGUCGUGUUCGGAGUUCCUUCCUUGCUGUCGGAUGCGACGAUUCAACAGUGCGCAUUUUGAGUCUUGAUCCUGAUUCAACCUUGGAGAAUAAGUCUGUUCAAGCACUUACUUCAGCUCCCUCUGCUUUGUCGAUCAUGGCAAUGGCCGAUUCCACCUCCGGAGGAACCACUUUAUAUCUUCAUAUUGGGCUCUACUCCGGCGUCUACCUGCGAACAGUUCUAGAUGAGAUCACCGGAGAGCUGUCCGAUACCCGGACUCGCUUCCUUGGAUUACGACCGGCAAAACUAUUCCGGGUCUCAGUCAAAGGCCAGAAUGCUGUCAUGGCAUUGAGUUCUCGGCCAUGGUUGGGGUACACCGACGCACAAACGAACGGGUUCAUGUUGACGCCUCUCGACUAUGUCGGCCUUCAAUACGUCUGGAAUUUUACAAGUGAACAGUGCCCCGAAGGGAUGGUUGGCAUCCAAGGGCAAAACCUGAGGAUAUUCACAAUCGAAGAUCUUUCGCGGAAUCUACUACAGCAGAAUAUUCCGCUUCCGUACACUCCUCGGAAAUUUGUCAAGCACCCAGAUCAUCCACUAUUCUACGUGAUUGGGGCGGACAACAAUGUGCUUGCACCGGCAACACGGACAAAACUGCUCAACGAAACACCUGCUGUCAAUGGCGAUGCAGUUGUACUCCCCCCGGAAGAGUUUGGGUAUCCGCGCGGAACCGGCCAUUGGGCAUCGUCCAUUCAGGUCGUGGAUCCCGUUACCACCAAAUCAGUCGUCUUCACUCUAGAUUUGGAGGACAAUGAAUGUGCCACGAGCAUUACCACGGCUUCUUUUGCAAGCCAGGACGACGAGUCGUUCCUGAUUGUUGGCACGGCCAAGGACCUCGUUGUUAGUCCUCGGUCAUUCUCUGCUGGAUUCAUUCAUGUCUAUCGCUUCCACGAGGAUGGUAAAGAGCUUGAGUUCAUUCAUAAGACAAAGGUGGAGCAACCUCCUACUGCACUCCUUGCAUUCCAAGGACGCCUCCUGGCGGGCGUCGGGCCGGACUUGAGGAUUUACGACCUGGGAAUGAAGCAAAUGCUCCGGAAAUGCCAAGUGAGCACACCUAAUCUCAUCGUCGGCCUUCAGACGCAAGGCAGCAGAAUCAUUGUCAGCGACAUUCAGGAGAGCGUCACCUACUGCGUCUACAAAUUCCAGGAGAACAAGCUCAUUCCAUUUGCCGAUGAUGUUGUUGCUCGGUGGACAACGUGCGCCACCAUGGUCGACUACGAGACUGUGGCAGGAGGGGACAAAUUCGGCAAUCUCUGGCUGCUAAGAUGCCCCCAAAAGGUCUCGGAAGAAGCAGACGAGGAUAACUCGGGUGUCCACCUCCUCCAUGAAAGGCAAUACCUCAAUGGUACACCAAAUCGGCUGAGCUUGAUGAUCCAUUACUUCCCUGGAGAUAUCCCGACCAGUAUUCAGAAGACGAAUCUGGUCGCCGGAGGCCGUGAUGUUAUCUUCUGGACAGGCUUUCAGGGAACGCUCGGCAUUCUUGUGCCUUUUGUCGGCCGGGAGGAUGUUGAUUUUUUCCAAUCCUUGGAAAUGCAACUGGCUUCAAGCAACGGCAACCCACCGCUUUUGGGUCGUGACCAUCUUAUGUACCGCUCAUACUAUGCGCCCUCCAAGGGUGUCAUCGACGGCGACCUCUGUGAAACAUUUUUCCUCCUACCCAACGACAAGAAGUUAAUGAUCGCCGGCGAACUGGAUCGCUCGGUCCGGGAGAUCGAACGCAAGAUAUCAGAUAUGAGGACAAGAGUCGCUUACUGA